AACUCCUGGCUUAACAGGUGCAAGUGUCACUUUCGCCGAAAAUGGCUACUUUCACCUCGCUGACCUACCGCCUCUGUAAAAAGGUUCCCGCCUGGUCCAAGGCGUCAGAUGCUUUCUUUUUCUGGUGAUACUUGGCCGAGAGCAGACGUGUGCAAAUUGCAGUUCAAAGUUUUUUUAUAUCCGAGUCGAAGAAAAAUUUUAAAGUCGCUAAAAAAGCGUAUCCAGAUUGGUUUUAUAUAAAAAAAAUAAAAAAUAAAACAAAGGCCCACACAAAGGCCAGUGAUAAUAUUGAGCUAUUUUCGCCGGAUGCCAGCCCUUGAUCGUAUUGGAGGGUUUCUGAAACCGAAGAGCAGUCCAUUGCAUUGGCAUAUGCAAUAAACAGCAGCCGCCAGCAGCAUUAAAAUUCUAAAAGACGAAAUCACUCAAGUUUUGGACCCUAAGUUCGACGCAGCAGAACAACCGCAGGCGAUCGUCCGACCCACCUGAGUGCAACUCAGUCUUCUAUCGUACGCGAAGCAGCUACCAGCGCCGUCGUAUCCGCGCUGCUAAAUUUUACCCGCGUCGGCUUCAUUGUUGUGUUUGGUUUAAAUAAAAAGGUUGAGUGCAGCUAAGACGUGUGGCUCUGAGCAAAGGGAAAAGGCAGUAGUGGCUAAAUUUUUGGUUGUUGGAAAAAAACGAUAUAAUGGCCAGCCAGAAUCAACUUCUCCAUAGGUUAAAUUUUCAUUAUAUUUAUAUUUAAAGUUCUAUUUAGUUAUACAGUUUUUUUUUACUGUUAAUCUUGGUUCAGACCAUUUAUAUUACAUUGUUCGAUGUCAUUAAUUUUACUUUGUGAAGGCAUAGGGAAACACAUGGCCGAAUUUUAAUUAUUAGUUUAUCUUGGUUCUCGAAAUCCGAAGAGAGGCCGUAUCUUCGAAUAUUGAAGAGGAAGAGGAGUACCGUUUUUUUUGUAUGUUUUGUUGAGUGUUUUCUUUCGAGUGAGUUUUUUUUGAGUACAGCAAAAGAAAAAGAAACGAAAUUCUGUUUUGUGUCCACACAGAUGGUUGGAUUGUAUUCCCAUCAUCUAAGAUUUUCCUUUUCAGCAGCGGUCUCAUCGGGAAAGUACUUUCAGCGAUGGAUAACGCCAAGCAAACCAUAGGCGAGAAGCAAGAUCACCACCCCACUUGCCGACGAGCCAGAGCCGGAAAAAUUUCGCGUGCGCUCUCACCUAUGCCCACCAUCUAGCCUGGAUUAUAUACGUAACCCGUUACAGUUAUGAAUUAUAAUAGACAAUAAUAUUAUUUAAAAUGGCGUCCAACGUGUGGGGCAUACUUUAUCUAGACCUUUAUAAUAACUUUCUCUAGAACUCACAUUCAGAUAAAGAAGCCCAUAAUCUCAUAGAGGCUCACACACACACAAUGUUCUUUUCUUUAUUUUCAUUUUCAAUUUUCCUAAAUUAUAACAGUAACAUUGGGUUGGAGACACUUUGUAGUUCAGCUACCUAUCUUCUGUCUUUUCAACCACGGUUGGUGUUGCCGCUAAAAUUUAUUCUUCCUAUGAGUUAUUUGAUCCCUCAUUUAGACGCAUAGGAUAUGCAGGUAUUUAAAUUUUCAGUAGUUGAAUACCUGACCACGGCUGAAAGUAGGAGAAAGUAAUUCAGAAAGCUUUUCUAUUUGAACAAAUUUCCUUUGAGUUUUAAUUUUGCUAUUCAAGACGCAUAGGAUAUGCAGAUGACUUUGUUAUUAGUAACGAAUCAACUGACCACGGCUGAAAGGCGAAAGAAAAGACUCAAAACAAAUCUAUGGGUAAACUUUAUUUGUAGUUUAAAUGCAUAGGAUUUUGCAGUGUGAUUUUCUUUUAUAAGAAUUCCUCUGACCACAUUUAAAUUAUUUAAUAAAUCAAAAACCAAAUCUUUUCCUUUUAAAAAAAAAAAAAAAAAAAAUAUUUCAAUAUGUAAGUUGCUUUGGAUGACAAAUUGAGUUGAUAAAUGUUAUCACCAUUUGGCCACAGCUUACUCAUGUUGUUGUUGUUGCGCGAAAAAUAAGAAAGAAAAAAACGGACAGGUCUACCGCAAUUGAUUCUAUUGGAUCAGCUGUGGACGAUUGUAAAUGACUUGUCGCCGCCAGCAUCAAACGUAAUAUUUUACUUUUUCUUUUCGACGCAAACGUAAACAAAUCUGCUAAUUUGCUGAUAAGGGAUUCAUGCAGGGAGCAUUGACUAAGCAAAAGAUCAAUUUAUGUUUAUGCUUUUUGUUCUUCUUGAUAUUUAUUUGUUGAUUUACAAGUACCGCAAUAGUUUUUAUUGUUUACACGUUUUACUUUAGGUCUUAGCAUAAUUAUUAUUUGUUUAGAAUUACACUCAUUUCGCUCAGGUUGUGUUUGCAGUUUCGUUCGCAUGCAGAGAGCAGUUGAAGAGAUUAGCGAAUAGCGGCUCCAAGGGUUAUUGACCUUGCCCUUGAAAUUGCUUAGAUCAGCUGUUUUGUAUUUCUGUUAUUUUUUUUUGCUCUUAAUAAGUUCUGUUGUUUAUCAUGGGUGUCGAUCAUUCGGAUGAGGAGGCAGGCACAAAUGCCCAAUCUACAACACAGUGUCAUAUAUGUAAAAAGAGCAUAGCAGCAACGACUGGCUACACGACUACUUGUGGCCAUGAAUUUCAUAAAAAGUGCAUUAUGGCUCAUGCACGCACAUCAAAUACUUGCCCAUGCUGUGUAGCUGUUUGUUUCAAAAGCCAACCAGACACAAUAGCGCAGAAUACCAGGCAACAAGUCAGAUUACACGAAACGUAUGCAACUCAAGACGACAUACCGGGUACUAGUAGAUCAGCAGAACAACGGAAUAGCACGAAUUCCCAAGAAAAUUCUAUCGUUCCUAUAGUGGCUCAGGCAGUUCGAGCCAUGCAAAAUGACCUUUUUAGCCAAUUGUCAGCUCAAAUAGCUCAGUCGAUACGGACCAACAUAGCAGAACAGAUGAGUUCUUUGGUGGCUCAGACUCAAAACCAGGCUCAAAAUACUCGUAGAAAUAAUAAUGAGCAAGAGGCGCAACGCAGUCAGCGCGAGUCAAUGUCUGUGGUAUUUCCUACUGGAACACCAACUUCGCACAGCGAUUUAACGUAUCGUCCAGAUAAAGUUGGUCAUAUUCUGAAUAGUUGGAAGUUACGCUUCAAUGGAAAUCCGGAGGGCAUUAGUGUCGAUAAUUUUAUAUAUAGAGCUGAGGCAAUGACACACCAAACUCUAGAGGGAAAUUUUGCACUUCUUUGUUCUAAUGCCAGUUUGCUUUUUGAAGGAAAGGCACGAGAAUUUUAUUGGCGGUUCCAUCGAACUACUCCUUUGGCAAGGUGGGACUUACUUUGUAACGCACUUCGAAAACAAUAUCGAGAUUCGCGUACAGAUGUAGACAUUCGAGAGGCUAUCAGGGAUCGAAAGCAGCGCGAAAAAGAAAAUUUCGAUUCAUUUUAUGACGCAAUAGUUCAGCUAAUGGAUAGUUUAGAAAGUCCUAUGUCUGAAGAGAUUGUUGUCGAAACACUACGUCGAAACUUAAGGCCCGAAAUAAGGCACGAAUUAUUAAACAUUCAAAUAAAUUCGGUUAGCCGCCUGCGUGAAAUUUGUCGCCGUCGCGAAGCGUUUUUAAAAGACGUAAAGCGAGAUUAUAGCUAUCAAAAAACAGUUCCUUUUAGAAAGCAAGUUUCUGAGCUGGUAGAGGAUAGUGAAACUGAGGAUGCCGCAGAAUUUUCUGACAUGGAGAGCGAAGGCGAAAUUGGCGCAAUGGCUCUAGUUUGUUGGAAUUGUCGUAAAGAGGGGCAUCGAUAUCAAGAUUGUGAAGCUAAGCGUAGAGUUUUUUGUUAUGGUUGUGGUGCUAAGAAUACAUAUAAACCAACUUGCACCAAAUGCUCAAAAAACUCGAGGUCGAACGCACCGGCUCGGCAGCACCCGUGUGUUCAGAGCAGCAAAUUAACGAAUGCCGAAUAAUUACCGAUGAAAACACAAGUACAGCUAGUUCUACGUUGUCACUUUUGCAUUGGCCGCAAAAGUACAAAAACUUUGUAGAUAUAUUUAAUUUUAAAAACUUAGGUAGAAGAAAAUCAGUUUCUAGAAAUGCAAAACGCAUGCGCGCGUAUUGGCAAUCUGCAAAAACAAUAAAUGCCAUUCGCUAUAAAAAUAAUGAUAAGCGCCCGUAUGCUGAAGUUCGUAUGCUGGAUAGAAUUGUGCUUGGAUUAAUGGACACUGGCGCAGCUAUUAGUUGUGUAGGUGGUCGAUUGGCAGAACAAUUAAUACGAAGUAGAUUCAAUUUCAAAAGAAUUAUAAGUUCAGCUUGUACCGCAGAUGGAAAAAAACAAGAAAUUGUAGGUCGGUUUAAAACUGCAAUAAAAUACAAAAACGAGACGAAAGAUAUAGAGUUGCAUAUUAUUCCUUCCUUAAGUCAGGAUCUGUACCUUGGAAUCGAUUUUUGGACAACGUUCAAUCUUUUGCCACCGGACAGAGAAAUUUCCGAACUGUCAUCAGAUUCUCACAACUUAUUGGGUUUACAAAAGGAAAGCCUUCAGGCAGUAAUUGACAAAUUUCCUUCAUUUGUAGUUUCUGGUCUUGGCAAGACUUCGCUCAUAUCGCACAUAAUUGACGUUGGUGAUGCAAAACCAAUUAAACAGCGUCAUUUUCCUAUUUCUCCGGCACAAGAAAAACUUCUAUAUGCGGAGAUUGAUCGCAUGCUUGAGCAAGGAGUUAUAGAAGAGUCAGACAGUGCUUGGUCUUCGCCAGUUGUGUUGGUACAAAAGCCAGGAAAAUUUCGUAUUUGUUUGGAUAGCAGAAAAGUCAAUGCUGUAUCGCGAAAAGACGCGUAUCCGCUUCCACAAAUUGAUGGCAUUUUAAGCCGUUUGCCAAAAGCAAUGUUUAUAUCAAGUCUAGAUUUGAAAGAUGCCUACUGGCAAAUUCCGUUAGAUGUUUCGUCGCGAGAUAAAACAGCAUUUACGAUACCGGGUAGGCCGCUUUACCAGUAUAAAGUCAUGCCAUUUGGUUUGACCAAUGCUGCCGCAACAAUGACUCGUCUAAUGGAUAAAGUUAUUCCACCAUCGCUCAGAAAUGAGGUAUUUGUUUAUUUGGACGACUUGUUAAUUGUGUCGAAUAGUUUUGAGUCGCACUUAAAGGUUUUGACUCAAGUUGCUGAGCGAAUCAAAUCUGCUGGUUUAACACUAAACGUAGAAAAGAGCAAAUUUUGCAUGCGCUCGGUUAAAUAUUUAGGACAUAUUAUAGGUGAAGGUGUCAUUCGUACAGACCCAGAAAAAAUUUCAGCAAUGACAGAUUUUCCAAUUCCUCGUACACUCAAAGCUCUAAGGAGUUUCUUGGGAAUGGUUGGAUGGUACCGCAAGUUUAUUAGCAAUUUUGCCGCAAUAUCUGCUCCACUUACAGAUCUGUUAAAGCCCAGACAGAAAUUUAUUAUGACUCCAGAGGGUGAACAAGCAUUUGUAAAAUUAAAGCAGUUGCUUUGCUUAGCACCAGUGCUACGCAGUCCCGAUUUCAGCAAGCCCUUCUUUAUACACUGUGACGCUAGCAAAACUGGAGUCGGAGGUGUCUUGGUUCAAAAGACUGAAGAUGGAGAUGAAUAUCCCAUAGCUUUUGUUUCGAAAAAACUUAACAAGGCUCAAAAAAAUUAUACCGUAACUGAGCAAGAAUGUUUAGCAGCUUUAGUAUGCAUUAAGCGUUUUCGUGCUUAUGUUGAAGGUCACGAAUUCACGGUGAUAACCGAUCAUGCGUCCUUAAAGUGGCUCAUGUCACAACAAGACUUACAUUCUCGUCUUGCUCGAUGGGCACUAAAACUUCAAGGUUUUAGAUUUAAAAUUGAACAUCGAAGCGGUAGAUUGAAUAUUGUUCCAGAUGCUUUGUCUAGGGUGCACGAUGACGAAAUAGCUGCGAUAGAGUCCAGUAAUGGUUUGUUAGUCGACUUGGAAUCUAAAUUUUUUAAGUCCGAUGACUAUACUGAGCUCAUGGAACGCGUUAAGGCAAAUGCAGACAAAUUACCCGAUGUUAAAGUGGUUGAAAAUUUUGUGUACCGUAGAUCAGACCAUGCAACGGGAGACCAGUUGCAUGAUUCUUUUGGUUGGAAGUUAUGGAUUCCUAAGGAAUUAGUUUCAGAGGUUUUGAAAAACGCACAUGACCACCCGUUAGCUUCUCACGGUGGAGUGCAUAAAACUUUGGAAAGGAUACGAAGGUAUUAUUAUUGGCCAGGCUUAGUCAACGAUGUGAAAUGUUACAUAAAUUCUUGCGAAACAUGUAAAACGACUAAAGCGCCAAAUACAGUUCAGCGUCCGCCAAUUGGAAAGUCCCCAGAAUCACAGAGAUUCUUUCAAAGGUUGUAUAUUGAUUUCUUAGGCCCGUAUCCUCGUUCUCGUAGUGGAAAUAUUGGUAUUUUUAUUGUUAUGGACCACUACACCAAGUUUGUUUUUCUUAAAGCAGUGAAAAAACUGACUGCAGAUGUUGUCGUGAAAUAUAUGCAACAGGAGCUUUUCCACACAUUUGGAGUUCCAGAGACAGUUGUUUCAGACAAUGGUUCGCAAUUUAAGGCUGAAGCUUUUCAAAAGUUGCUUCGGGACAAUCAAGUUGUUCAUACAUUGACAGCUGUAUAUUCGCCACAGGCUAAUGCGUCCGAGCGUGUAAAUCGCUCAAUUAUUGCUGCUAUUCGUUCUUAUAUAAGGCCAGAUCAAAAAGACUGGGACGAGCAUUUGAGCAGUAUAAGUUGUGCUUUAAGGUCAGCAGUUCAUUCCGGAAUUGGUGCUACUCCAUAUUAUAUGGUGUUCGGUCAACAAUUUUUAAAUUCGGGUUCAACCUACAAAUUGUUGAGACACUUAAAAUUGCUAGAAGAUAAAGCAGCUGUUUAUAGCAAGGAAGAUUCUCUCGAACUUAUACGAAGCAAAGCAUGCGAGGUAAUGCGAAAACAAAAUGAGAAAAAUGAGCGCAAUUACAAUUUACGCUCAAGAGCAGUUUCGUAUAGGGUAGGUCAGGAAAUUUACCGGAGAAAUUUUCGACAGAGUAAUUUUCAAGCUGGCUAUAACUCAAAAUUGGGACCUGCCUAUAUCAAAGCCCGUGUUCGACGUAAAAUUGGCAAUUGCUAUUACGAGCUGGAGGAUCUCCAGGGUCGAUUUGUUGGCAAAUAUCACGCAAAAGACUUAAAGCAAUAGCUGCUUCAAGCUUAGGUGUGAUCAGCCUUGAUGUUUUUUUUUAAAACCACCAAGUCUGAUUUUGGUGGGGGGCAUUUGUAACGCUUGCAGCAGCAACUGUUUUGUUAAAUCAGUUUAAUAGGCGAAUAUCGUAAUUUUUCUUAGCGCCACCUCUUGGUCGUAUGAGGGAAAGGCGCAAGCAGGUCAAUAGGGUAACUCCUGGCUUAACAGGUGCAAGUGUCACUUUCGCCGAAAAUGGCUACUUUCACCUCGCUGACCUACCGCCUCUGUAAAAAGGUUCCCGCCUGGUCCAAGGCGUCAGAUGCUUUCUUUUUCUGGUGAUACUUGGCCGAGAGCAGACGUGUGCAAAUUGCAGUUCAAAGUUUUUUUAUAUCCGAGUCGAAGAAAAAUUUUAAAGUCGCUAAAAAAGCGUAUCCAGAUUGGUUUUAUAUAAAAAAAAUAAAAAAUAAAACAAAGGCCCACACAAAGGCCAGUGAUAAUAUUGAGCUAUUUUCGCCGGAUGCCAGCCCUUGAUCGUAUUGGAGGGUUUCUGAAACCGAAGAGCAGUCCAUUGCAUUGGCAUAUGCAAUAAACAGCAGCCGCCAGCAGCAUUAAAAUUCUAAAAGACGAAAUCACUCAAGUUUUGGACCCUAAGUUCGACGCAGCAGAACAACCGCAGGCGAUCGUCCGACCCACCUGAGUGCAACUCAGUCUUCUAUCGUACGCGAAGCAGCUACCAGCGCCGUCGUAUCCGCGCUGCUAAAUUUUACCCGCGUCGGCUUCAUUGUUGUGUUUGGUUUAAAUAAAAAGGUUGAGUGCAGCUAAGACGUGUGGCUCUGAGCAAAGGGAAAAGGCAGUAGUGGCUAAAUUUUUGGUUGUUGGAAAAAAACGAUAUAAUGGCCAGCCAGAAUCAACUUCUCCAUAGGUUAAAUUUUCAUUAUAUUUAUAUUUAAAGUUCUAUUUAGUUAUACAGUUUUUUUUUACUGUUAAUCUUGGUUCAGACCAUUUAUAUUACAUUGUUCGAUGUCAUUAAUUUUACUUUGUGAAGGCAUAGGGAAACACAUGGCCGAAUUUUAAUUAUUAGUUUAUCUUGGUUCUCGAAAUCCGAAGAGAGGCCGUAUCUUCGAAUAUUGAAGAGGAAGAGGAGUACCGUUUUUUUUGUAUGUUUUGUUGAGUGUUUUCUUUCGAGUGAGUUUUUUUUGAGUACAGCAAAAGAAAAAGAAACGAAAUUCUGUUUUGUGUCCACACAGAUGGUUGGAUUGUAUUCCCAUCAUCUAAGAUUUUCCUUUUCAGCAGCGGUCUCAUCGGGAAAGUACUUUCAGCGAUGGAUAACGCCAA